AUGCCGGUGGUGGGGGCGCUCAGGGCUAUCCAUAGAGCUUUCGUUUCUUACGUGGGAUAUGAGCACAUUUUGGUUGACGUCGAUACCCAGAAGGGGACAGCUCUUGUGACGUUGAAUCGUCCAGAGGUCCUCGAUGUCUUAUGCGGCGAUCUCAUAAAGGAGCUCGGUGCUGCCUCCAAUGCCCUCGACAAAGACGGAGACGUCCGUGCUAUUGCUUUUGCGGCUGGCGCCGAUAUCAAAGAGAUGAAUUGUCGACAAACGAUGGCCGAGGUCCACAAGCAGAACAUGUUCGCCUUUUGGCAAGAUCUGGCUAAUGUCAGAAAGCCCAUUAUUGCUGCCUUAAAUGGCUAUGCAUUGGGUGGCGGUUGUGAGUUGGCCAUGUUGUGUGACAUUGCCCUCGCAAGCGAGAAGGCAGUGUUUGGACAGCCAGAGGUCACUCUCGGUACUAUUCCCGGAGCGGGUGGAAGUCAGCGUUUGACUCGUGUUGUGGGGAAAAGCUUGGCCAUGGAGCUCUGUUUGACAGGCAGACUCAUGUCGGCAGAUGAGGCUCUCAAAAGAGGCCUCGUAUCUCAUGUCUUCACGCCCGAGGAGCUUGUUCCCAGAUCUCUGGAGAUGGCUCAGCAGAUAGCAUCCCUCUCUGCUCCUGCAAUUGCCAUGACCAAGAAUGCAGUCAAUCGCGCCUAUGAGACCACACUUUCUGAGGGAGUGAGGUUCGAACGAAAUCUGUUCCAUUCAACUUGGGCUCUACAAGAUCGCAAGGAGGGCAUGACCGCUUUUGUUGAGAAACGCCAACCCCAGUGGAAGAACCAAUGA